CAGUUUUGUUCAAGUGCUUUGCUUUUCUCAGACUUUGAUCUCAGUCUCUCUCUUUUUUUUUUUCGUACAAAUGGCUUCGACCGUCACUUCUGCUGCUGCAGCUGCUGCCGCGGCUGCCGUUCCGUCCACGACCUACACCUGCAUCACAUGCCGCGUUGCCUUCCGCACUGCCGACGCCCAGCGCGACCACUACAAGGCCGACUGGCACAGGUACAACCUCAAGCGCAAGGUCGCCGAGAUGCCGCCGCUGAGCGCAGAGCAGUUUGGUGAGCGCGUCAUGUCGCAGAACGCGACAGCUGCGGCCACCGCACAGCGGGCUGCCAGCACGCAGCAGUUCAACUGCGACGUGUGCAGCAAGCACUUUGCAUCCCAGCACACGUAUGCCACGCACAUCCAGUCAAACAAGCACAAGGACGCUGCUGCGGCCGCGGAGGCUCGCGCUGCUUCUGGAGAGCAACCACAGGCCGCUGCUGCAGCGUCCGAGCGCAAGCACAACACCCAACAGCACCACAAGAAGGACGAUGGUGUUGCACGUCGCAAGGCAGAGCAGCCCACGGCGCCCACUGAUGCCGCCGCCUCCACUUCAACCACUGCCACCGCCACCUCCAAUGCUGAAGCAGCUGCUGCACCCGAAAAUGCCAAACCCACAACCGAAGCAGCCACCGAAACCGCAGAGGACGACGAGGAGGAGGAUUUGGAAGCAGAGUACUUGGCUCGCGCUGUCGAGCUCUCCGAGGAGGAUUGCUUGUUCUGCUCGCGCAAAUCAGCCAGCUUUGAGGCGAACAUGGAACACAUGGCGUACGACCAUAGCUUCUUUAUUCCUGACAUGCAGUACCUUGUGGACUUGCGUGGCUUGAUCAAAUACCUCGGCGAGAAGAUUGGCACGGGCAACAUUUGCCUGUAUUGCAACGGCAAGGGCCGCAGCUUCCGCUCGAUUGGCGCUGUUCGCAAGCACAUGAUUAGCAAAGGACAUUGCAUGCUCAAGGAUGACGAGGAGCUGGAAUUUGCCGACUAUUACGACUUCCGCUCAACCUACCCUGACUUUGACCCCAACAACCCCGACGCCAACGCCGAUGAGGAGGUCGACGAGCAGCGCUUGAUCGCGCUCGGCACCGCCGUCAUCUCUGAGGACGAUAUGGAGCUUACCCUGGCGAGCGGUGCCAAGCUCGGACACCGCGCACUGCGCCGAUAUUACAAGCAGCAUUUCAGCUGGCAAGACUCGCGCGACGCCGAAACGAUUGGCCGUCUGGCAGCAAAUUACCGAAUGCUCGGCUACCACGACUCGAGUAUUUUGCACAACGGCAAGACCCGUGCUCAACUGCACCAAGACAAGCGUAUUCAGCAAGCACAAGCGCAACAGAGCAUGAAGGUUGGAAUCAAGUACAACAAGAUUCAUACUAUUGUGCCGCAAGUCAUGUAUUGAACGGUUUUGGAGACAGAGGGUGUGUUGUGUUUAUGUGUGUGUGUGUGUGUGUCUGGUGCGUUGUGUUGCUUUGCCGCGUUUCUUUGCUGUAGUUUGAACAAACCAAAAAAUGAGAAUAACGUUUCGGGCA